AUGUUUUCAAAGUUCACGGACAAACAUACCAUAGAACUUCACACAUUGAACCCAUUGAUGAUUCAACCCCUCAGUUCGCACAACUUUACGUGUUUGAUAGUACCCACAAACAUCCGCCAAAACCACCCAGCCAACGAAAGCUGUGACCCUAUCAUCUUGGAUCAAAUUGAUCGUCUAUUUAGACAGCACAAUAUUAUUGCAAGAAGUUAUCAUAUGAUGCGAGAGAUUGAAGCUGAGGAAAGUCGUCAAGCAAUUCAACGAGGAGAUGACAUCCCUGUGGUCAUUAUGGCAUUUAGAAGAGAUAGGCGGCUGGACCAAAGGGUAUACAACGAACCAAGAUCAAACGAAGUUGCCAUGGUUUUUGUGAAUGAUGACGGAGAACCACCCUUCGAGCGUGACAUCAGAAUUUACCCCCGGAAUCCACAAGAACCUGAUCAACCUUUUAUCAACAUCAAUAUCCUCAGCCCAAAUCUGGACCCAAUGACGUAUGCAAUUUUGUUUCUGUAUGGAGAGCCGGGUUGGCAACCACGGUGGGAGUGUGAAUCAUAUGACGGGGCGCACCGGAAUCCAGCAAGAAACAAUGUUAGCAUGCUUCAAUAUAAGGCUGCCCUGACUGCUAUUCGUGGAGAAUUUAACCCUAUUAUGAGUGCAGGGAAAUUGACUCAACAGUGGUUAGUUGAUUCGUACCUCCAAGUGGAAGCCAAUAACCUUAAUUUUGCCAGAUUUCAACAAAACAAACUGCGGGCGGAAUUGUACCAAGGAUUAGUCGAUCAUAUUGCCAAUUUAGCAAACAACGCUAACGUGCCCGCUGGAGUUGCAACCAUCCUGCCAUCAAGUUUUGAAGGAUCACCAAGAAAUAUGGCAGAGAGAUGCAAGGACGCUAUGGCGAUUUUUGCAAAAUGGGGAGCUCAUGAUCUCUUUAUAACUUUUACGGCAAAUCCAACUUGGCCUGAGAUAGUAGAAAACUUGAAUUCGUGGGAACAAGUAUCUGAUCGUCCGGAUUUGGUUGCUAGAAUUUUCAAAAUCAAGUUAAAAGCCUUACUGGAUGAUGUUACAGUCCAUGGAAUCUUUGGGAAAUCUAUUGCACAUGCAUAUACAAUAGAGUUUCAGAAACGUGGACUCCCCCAUGCUCAUAUUUUGGUGACAUUACAAUCCGAAGCAAAGUUCACCUGCGGGGAGCAUAUUGACCAAUUUGUACGAGCAGAGAUUCCAGAUCCAAUAGAAAAUCCUCGGCUUCAUCAGAUCGUUAGCAGGUGUAUGUUACAUGGACCUUGCGGCAAUCUAAAACCUAAUGCCUCUUGCAUGGAAGACGGAGAAUGUAAGAAAAAGUUUCCCAAAGACUUCAACGAUGUAACUAAGUCAAACAACAAAGGCUACCCCACCUACCGUCGUCGGAGGGGGAUAACAGUUCAGGUCAGGGGAUCUACAAUGGACAACAGAUAUGUAGUAUCCUAUAGCCCAUAUUUGCUUCUAAAAUACAAUGCCCACAUCAAUGUUGAAGUUUGUACGUCGCUGCUGGCCGUCAAACAUAUUUACAAAUACAUUUACAAAGGAUUUGACUGUGCGUGCAUAAGAAUAACUUCGGACGGUCAGCAACAACUACAGUACAACGAAAUUGACAAUUAUAUAAACGGUCGCUACCUUAGUGCACCAGAAGCAAUAUGGAGACUGUUGGAGUUUAAAAUGCACGACCGAUCCCAUGCUGUUAUGAAACUGCCAUUUCAUCUUCCAAACCAACAAAGAAUACAAUUUGAAGAAGGUCGAGAAGAGGAGGCGCUGAUGGCUGCUGAAGCUGGCCGGACAAAAUUGGAAUCUUGGUUUCAUCUUAAUUCUACAGAUCAUGAUGCCCAACAGUAUUUGUAUACCGAAAUUCCUCACCACUACGUAUACGUGAAAGGAAAUUGGGAAAAACGACAACGUUUUGCUAUAUCUGCUGUUUUUGCAAUCCGGCUAAGCCUUUGGACUUAUGGAGCAAGUUUAUAG